AUGCGCAGAGCGAAAGCACCGAGGAGAGCCGCAUCUCUGUGGGAUCCACCCGCCGACAAACCGCGAAGGGAACCGCCGAUACAGCCGCACAGGAGCCCCGAGGACGAAGGAGCAGCACCGCGGGCCAGGAGGAAGGGCUACAAACCUCCCGAUGUGAGGAGCAUAUUCGUCGGACACAUCGAGAAUGGAGAAGGGCAUGAGUUCAAACAAGAGGCUUCGGGAGGAUGGUGCGAUGUUUGCACCAAGUACAUCCUCUGUGGGGGGCUCAUCUGUACAGGUUGCAAAUACACCUGUCAUGCACAAUGCCGUGAUCAGGUAUCGCUCGAUUGUGACCAGAAUGGACCUUCUAGCGACGGUCCUCUCAGCCCCAUCAGCCAAGACCAUCUCAACAACAACCAGCCUUUACACAACGAUGCAGAAAAGGAGAAGCAACUGCGUACUCUCUUCACUCUCGAGGAGAUCAGGCACAAGAUUGAGUUGUACAAUGCAGACACACGAGGCCACUUCAAAAUGACACUGAAUCAUGAUGGCUUAUACACAGGCUUCAUAAAGGUGCAGCUGGAGUUACGCCGGCCCAUCACGGUGACAGGAGUGGUGGCGGGGAUGAAGGCCGCGGAGGCUUUUUAUUUACCCCGCGGCUGUGUAAACACCCUGCACAUCAGCAGCUCCAACACAGUCCAGCAGGUGAUCGAGGCUCUGCUGCGCAAGUUCACAGUGGCUGACAACCCUGCCAAGUUUGCUCUGUACAAACGCUUCAGACGCGAGGACCACGUGUGUAUAUGUAAGCUGUCAGAAGGAGAACACCCUCUGCUCUUACGUCUGCUGGCAGGCCCUGACCUGGACACGCUCAGCUUUGUCCUGCGAGAGCAGCAGACGGGGGAAGUCAUGUGGGACGCUUUCUCCAUCCCAGAGCUGCACAACUUCCUGCGCAUCCUUGAUAAAGAGGAGCAGGACCAGGUCCGCGUGAUAACCACACGCUAUAACAUUUACAAAGAGAAACUUGAGGAGGCGCUCCGCCUAGCAAGAAGCCCUGAUUAAUACUACAUUAUACACAGAGAGAGCAGGGACUCGGCAACAGUGCCUCGUUAAGCACCGUGUCUUACACAGAAUGAACUAAGAGGUAAAAAAAAAAAACCUCACAGGAACUCUGACGUCUGGAGAAUGCCUGGGAUUGCUUUUAUAUGCUACAUACUUUCCCACAAUGCACUUCAGUGCCAUAUUACAAUCUCUCUCACUUUUCUGACAGUCUUCUGUUCAGUUACCUCUUAAA